AUGAUUCAAUCUGGUCAUUUUGUUAGUACUUCAAAAUGCAUAGGUAUUAUAAUUUAUCUUGUUUACACUGGAUUAGUACAAGGUUUUUAUAUAAACACAUAUUAUAAAGUGGGAUCUGAAAUUUUUCCUAAUGAUAAUAGUAUUGAAGAAAAAUUUAAAACAUAUCUACGAAGUAAAAAAAGAGAAUUAAAACCAUUAUUUAUAAAUGAUUCAAAUGAGGAAAAAGAAAACAGUUUAAACAAUGUCAUGGGUGAUGAUGACAGUGAAUUACUUGGGAAAUAUCCCAUAUGCGAGGCAAAAUAUAAAUUAGUAGAUAAACUAAAAGUAAUCAACUUCCUUGAAAAAUUAAUGGAAAAAAGAAAAAAAAUAAUAUUUAAUAAAUCAUGUCUCACAGAAACAUAUGAGGUACUAUUAGUUACAUUAAAAAACACAAAUGAUUUAUUAUCAGUAUUAGCAACAGUUUAUGGAUUUAUUCCACAUUUUUUAAUUUUUAUCAUACUUUUUGGGUUUUUUAUAACUUUCAAUAAAAUUUUACUUUAUUUUGUUCUUAUAAUUCCAACUCAGAUGACUUUAAAUGAUUUAAUUUUAAAAAAUAUUUUCAAAAUGCGAAGGCCUAAUAAUAGUGCAUUGAAAUCCUAUGGCAUGCCAUCAGGGCAUAGUUCAUUUUCAUAUAGUAUAUUAACAUUUACAGUACUUCAUUUAAUUGAAUCACAUAAAGAUAAAUGGAAUAUAAUUGCAUCUCUCUUAGCAUUAAUUACAUUAUUUCCUAUACCUUGGAGUCGUGUAUAUAUAGAAGACCAUACAGUAUCUCAAGUUAUUGUUGGAAUCAUUUUAGGUGUCAUAUUGGGUUGUCUUUUUUUUCUUUUUAAAAGGAUACUUUUUAAAUAUAAAUAUUCGAAGUUUUGA